UGUAGCCAGAUACUGCAAUUCUCAGGUAAAGCCCAUAUAAACAUAAUUUGCAUGAUUUCAAAUGAACUGUAUGCCACAACUAUAUGUUGCAGCUUUAUGUGUGGACAGAUCAAACUCUCUCAACUCUUGGACUGUGGACUUUAUUUCAAGAAUGCUAUGAGAAAAUUAUUAAAGAUUUAUUUCCAAAGCCUGCAGAUAACAAAGCUAACGUGUGUCUCAAAUAGGCCACUGUCUUUGGGAAUUAUGCCUCGACAAAAGAAGAAUUUGCUGUGGCUGAUGAUCAUCUGUUGUUCUACAUGCCAGAUAACCAGCUCAGAAAAUAUGAUCCAAAUCAACAUCCAAGUCAGUUUGACAGAUGAAUAUUUCCAUAACAAAAGUAGCUCACCAUAUCCAGAUAAUAACAUAUAUAAUUUUCACAUGAAUGUCGAACUAAACAUCAAGCCUGUUAAUCCUGGAGAGAUAUGUAAAAACGCAGUAUAUGACAAAGGUGCAUGCAGCGGGAAAGAAGGAAGCAGAUAUGUUCUGCAUUUUAAAGAGGGCAAAUGGAUGUGCGUGACUUGUGUUGAUGGAACAUCAACCACCAUUACACCACUGUCACACACUACAUCUCACAAUCCAACUACCAGUUUUGCAUCAUAUACAGCAACUCCCAACCCAUCUGUCAGUUUCAUACAAGACAAAACAACUCCCUACCCAACUACCAGAUUCACACCAGUUAAAACAACUCCCAACCUAACUACCAGUUUUGCGGCAGGUACAUCAACUCCCAUGUUAACUACUAGUUUCGCAUUAAAUACAACAACUCAGGACCCAAAUACCAGUUUUGCAUCAUAUAUGACAACUCCCAAGCCAUCUACAAGUUUCACAUCAGAUAAAACAACUUCCGAGUCAACUAUCAGUUUAGCACUAGAAACGACAACUCCUAACUCAACUACCAGUUUCGUGUCAUAUACGACAACUCCCAACCCAACUACCAGUUUUGCGUCAGAUAAAACAACUCCCAAGCAAAAUAUCAGUUUUGCACCAGAUAUGACAACUACUGUGCAAACUACUAGUUUUGCAUCAUAUACGACAACUCCCGAUUCAACUACCAGUUUCACAUCAGAUAAUACAACUCCCGAGCCAUCUAUCAUUUUAUCACCAGAUACGACAACUCACAAUCCAACUACCAGUUUGACGUCACACACGAAAACUAACAAUCCAACUACCAGUUUGACGUCACACACGACAACUCACAAUCCAACUACCAGUUUGACGUCACACACGACAACUAACAAUCCAACUACCAGUUUGAUGUCACACACGAAAACUAACAAUCCAACUACCAGUUUGACGUCACAUACGACAACUAACAAUCCAACUACCAGUUUCACGUCACACACGACAACUAACAAUCCAACUACCAGUUUCACGUCACACACGACAACUAACAAUCCAAUUACCAGUUUCACGUCACAUACGCCAACUAACAAUCCAACUACCAGUUUGACGUCACACACGACAACUAACAAUCCAACUACCAGUUUCACUUUCACGUCACAUACGACAACUCACAAUCCAACUACCAGUUUCACGUCACAUACGACAACUAACAAUCCAACUACCAGUUUGACGUCACACACGACAACUCACAAUCCAACUACCAGUUUCACGUCACAUACGACAACUAACUAUCCAACUACCAGUUUGAUUUUCACGUCACAUACGACAACUCACAAUCCAACUACCAGUUUCACGUCAUACACAACAACUCACAAUCCAACUACCAGUUUCACGUCACACCGACAACUAACAAUCCAACUACCAGUUUCACGUCACACGACAACUAACAAUCCAAUUACCAGUUUCACGUCACAUACGCCAACUAACAAUCCAACUACCAUUUCCGUCACAUACGACAACUAA